AUGAAGUCUUUCGCAGCAGCAGCGCUUGCGCUCAUCGCGCCGGCGCAGGCCGGCCUACGCUUUCCAUGCUCGACCCUCACUGUCCAGCGUCUCGAUCCUGUUGUGCAGCCCGGCUCGAACCCAUCUGCUCACGUGCACCACAUUGUUGGUGGUAACGCUUUCAAUGCUACUAUGACUGGCGAUGUUGGUGCGAGGGCCACUUGCACCACUUGCCAGAUGGCCGAGGACUUCAGCAACUAUUGGACCGCACAGCUUUAUUUCAAGCAUCCCACAAACGGCUCCUUCAAGCGCGUUCCUGUACUUCCCGUCCAGCCUCUGCUUGGUGGAUCCAAUGGCGCUUCAGGAGGUCUUACGGUGUAUUACACCCAGUUCGAUCUAAACAAGGACAAUCUAAAUCAGCAGAAGAUCACAGCUUUCCAACCGGGUUUCCGCAUGACCGUCGGCAUCCCGACCGAAACCAACAAGCCCCAUGUCGGACUCCGCUAUCAAUGUCUGAGCGGAAACAACAGAGGCGCAGAGAUGCCUGACUUUCCUACAAAGCCAUGCACUGGCGGAAUCUUCACUAGCCACCAUUUCCCCGCGUGCUGGGACGGCAAAAACCUCGACAGCCCUGACCACCAAUCUCACAUGUUUAACACCAUAAGAUCCGACGGUUUUACAAACGCCCCGGCGUGCCCUUCCACUCACCCAAUCCGCGUACCCCAAGUAACCUAUGAGACCACCUGGGAUACCACGCAAUUUAACAGUCUCUGGAAGUCCGGCGACCCAAAUCCGUUUGUGUGGAGUUUUGAGGGUACAAGUGGCUACGGAACGCACGCCGAUUACAUGUUUGGCUGGAAGGGCGAUGCACUACAAAAGGCGAUGGACAAGAGUGAAUGCUUUUAUGAUGGAUGCGGGAGUAUCAAGAAACAGGCUAUGAGUGAGGCGAAUAAGUGUACGGUGAAGGAUCAGGUGGGCGAGAAGGUUGAGGGGUGGCUGGACAAGUUACCUGGGAUGUAG